ACUCAUUUGAGCGAUGCACGCAACAUGGAGGAUAGUGAACAGUUUGUGAAAUAGCAGUCAUCAUAACAGUAAAUAACGCUAAGUUAAAAAAAAACAGGCUUUAUUGUUCCUUUAUUAAGAAAUGCUGAUAUUAUAAUUUAGCUGCAGGCAGGUUUGAAAUCUGCAGGGGACGAUGUUUUGUCUCCAUCUGUCCAGGUGGCUUCAGCCUGGGACACAGGUUUGCUGUGUCCCCCGGCGGAGUGUUCAUAAACUCGCUUCGGUCCAGAAAGCCAAACUGCUUUCCCCAAAGAAAGUCCAAAGCUUACUUUACCCCUUUAGUGAGCUGGAGGCCUAUCUGGACAGGUCUGUGGACAGGACACAGUUCCAGCACUUUCAUCCCAGUUUGGAGGACAUUGUUAAAGCUGAAAAGCUCUUCUACUCUUCGCCAUCUCAUAAGAUUGAUUACUACACUUCUGCAGAGAGGAUGGACCAUGUGCCUUCACUGAACCCACCAGAGGUGUGUUUCAUCGGCAGAAGCAACGUGGGCAAAUCUUCUCUCAUCAAAGCUCUGUUCUCCCUGACUCCUGAGCUAGAAGUCCGAGUCUCCAAAACUCCCGGUCACACAAAGAAGAUGAACUUCUUCCGAGUCGGCAGAGCUUUCACCGUGGUCGACAUGCCAGGCUAUGGACACAGAGCGCCCAAAGACUUUGUGGAUAUGGUGGAGCCGUACCUCUACACAAGGAAGAACCUGGUGAGGAUGUUCCUGUUGGUCGAUGGCAGUGUUGGUCUUCAGGAUGCUGACCUGAUCGCCCUGGAGAUGUGUGAGGAGAUCAGACGUCCAUACGUGAUAGUGGUGACUAAGAUUGACAAAUGUGGGUACGGAACGCUGCUGACAAACUUAAUGAAUCUUCAGGAUGUGGUUAAAACGCAUACCACAAGCUGCUUCCCCCAGCCCUUCCUAGUGAGCUCCCUCCACUUUUGGGGGAUCUACCUCCUGAGAUGCUUCAUCACUCAUGUAACGGGGAGCAUCAGUUUAACAGACACCACUCAAUGCUGACCAGAGGCCAACAGGGGACGCUCCACUUACAUCCACAUUGCUCGGUCCACAUACAUUUACUUUGCAACUGCUUCAGAGGCUUUUAUUUUGUAAUAAAAUGUAAAACACUCAA